GGACAAUUGAGGUCAGUUACCCUUUUAAAAAUGCCACGUGGUAAACGUGCGCAUGAGCAGUAAACACAGUGUAGAUCUCUCCGACAUAAAUACUCGUUGCACCCGCAGAGAGUUCACUGUUGUGUUUUGCUAGAACAUUCGUAGUACUACUUUCAUCAUGGUUCGUGCGUGGAUUAUGGAUGAAAGUGACGCCGAUAAGCGUCUGCCACAUAUGACUGAACCACCACAGAUGGUAGACUUGGACUAUCUCAAGGAAUUAGGGAUACUCUAUUACAAGCUUGAUGCUGAUAACUGGAAGGAAGAAGGCAAACUUGAUGAAAUUCGUAAAGAACGUAACUAUAACUAUGAAGAUGAAGUGGAAGCGACCCGGGAAACACUACCAAGCUAUGAUGCAACGCUCGAAAUGUGGUAUGAGGAACAUAUUCAUUCAGAUGAAGAAAUUAGAUUCAUCUUGGAUGGUUCUGGGUAUUUUGAUGUCCGUAACCGCAACGAUAAAUGGAUCCGUAUCGAGACUGAAAAGGGAGACAUGCUUAUCCUACCUGCUGGUAUUUACCAUCGAUUCACUAUGGACACCAAGGACUUCAUCAAGGCUAAGCGUUUGUUCAGUGGUGUUCCUGUAUGGACAGCCCAUAAGCGUCCUCAAGAAGAACAUGAAUCUCGUAGGAAUUACGUAAAGAAUUAUUCUCCAAUGUAACAAGUAAUGGGACUUUCAAAACAAUCUCGAUGCAGAAGCUUAUUUAGAAUUAGAUAUUACUUCUAUUCACUACAUGCAUUUCUAUUCUAUUUUUAUUCAGCCAAUCAUGAACGAGAACAUGGUCGUCAGGUUGUUAGCAUAUAAUGUGAGCUCAUGAUUAUUAAUAACAGCUCAAUCUUUGCAAGGACACAUUCAUUUUCAUUCUUCAAAAUUUUCUUUUCAAUUGUGUGGCAGAUUUGUCUUUUAAAGCAUUAUUAUUUUGGUGUAAAGUGCUCGUGUUAUAAAUACAAAUCAUGAAUAAAAACUAUUUCUGUAUAGUUACUAUUUUCUGUGGA